GGGGCCGACGGGCUGGGAGGGGCUGGGAGGCACUGGGCGGGGCGGGCGAGGGCACGAGAAUCACGCCCCCGUCUCCCUCUAGUGGACAGUUUCCGCAGCCGCUGCUCGUCAGUCAGCUCCUGCAGCGAUUUGGAGGAUUUCUCUGAGUCGCUUUCCAGACGGGGUCUCCGCCGCCGUGGCAAGCCUCCCAGCCCAACGACCUGGAGUGGGUCCAAUACGAAGUCUACCCCUGUGGAACGCAGCCACCAUGAGAAACGUCCGGCCAAUUCCGGGGGCUGGGUCCCCAUCAAAGAGUACAGCUUGGACCACCAGGCCGAAAUAGAUGCACGUCUGAAGGCCUUGCAGGAGUACAUGAACCGACUGGACAUGCGGUCAUGACAUGGAGAGGGGGUACUGCCCCUCAUCCCCCACCCACCACUGAGUAUGGCAUGGGGGGUACGGCCAGGGUGGCCUCCAGCCCCGCCCAGGCCCUGCCCUGGCCCCGCCCCUCCACGUGCCCCUGGGGUCUCAGGCUUGUGAGGCCCUGACCCCAAUCUCUCCCCAGGCAGUACAUGCUGGGAGGGAGGAUAUGUGCAUUUUGUAAAUAAACAUAUUUGCCCGUGGGA